GGACAGUUCCGCGGUGCUGACGACCUUCAGGACUCCGGGAUAAAUGUGCCAGGAGCUCCGAGCAAGUGUCCCCCGGAGCGAGAGGCGGGGCGGCGGCGGAAGAGAGGGGAGAGAGGGGAGACAGCCGGAGAGAGGGACCGGGGCAGCAGUGACAGCCGGAGACAGAGACCGGGGCAGCCCAGAGUGACAGCCGGAGACAGAGACCGGGGCAGCCCCGAGAGAGAGAGAGACCGGGGCAGCCCGGAGUGACAGCCGGAGGCAGAGACCGGGGCAGCCCAGAGUGACAGCCGGAGACAGGGACCGGGGCAGCCCGGAGUGACAGCCGGAGACAGAGACCGGGGCAGCCCCGAGAGAGAGAGACCGUUGCAGCCCGGAGAGACAGCCGGUUGGAGACAGCCGCAGGACAGUGAUCUGGAGCCGCAGCGCAGGGAGCAGAGCCGCUGGGUUCCGGGCCAUGUGAGUGCCGCCGCUGUCAGCCGCUGAUGCCCGGUACGGCGCACUACCAGUCCCAGAGACAAUGCAAGCAGACGUCGUUUGCCUUCUACCAGGCGGUGCGGGACCUGCUGCCGGUGUGGCUGCUGGAGGACAUGCGGCUGAUGGAGGUUCUGCACUGGGAGGAUGGCGGCCGGGUCAGCUGCUACUCGCCCUCCGAGGCUCUGCUCUACGCCCUGGUCCAUGACCAUCAGCCCUACGCCCGCUACCUGCUCCACCACUUCCCACAGGACGCCCUGGCCGUGCCCAGCCCGAGCUUCAGCUGUUGCCAGGCUGCCGCCCCGCAUCUGCCACUGGCUGUGCGCUAUGAUCGGCUGCAGAUCCUGCGGGAGAUCCUGCACACCCUGCAAGCCCUCCCAGCCGCCAGCCGGGCCGCCUGCAUCAACCGGCGGGGCUGCCAGCGGCUGGAGGGCGGAAAGACGCCGGUGCACCUGGCCUGUGAGCUGCAGCGAGCCGAGUGCCUAACCCUGUUGUUGGGGCACGGAUCCUGCCCCUAUGCCACGGACUGCAGCGGCAACACUCCACUGGACUGCCUGCUGCAGCUCAUCCGGACCGGAGCCCCGCAGGACCCGCGCCCCCUGCGGCUGUGCAUGGACUCCCUGCUCCUCUACAUGCCUAGGGGGCUGCCCCCCUCCACCCGGCAUCAGCUGCAGCAGGAGAGCAUAGCCUGGCAGGAGCUGCUGGGGCAGGAGCUGUUCAGAUGGCUGACUGGCACCUCUCCCCCCAGCCUGGGCACCCUGGCCAUGCAGAGCCUGCUGAGGGCCCUGCCCGCUGACCGGUUCCCUGAGGUGCUGGAGGAGAUCCAUCUACCACAGUGCCUGAGACCCCCAGCCUUACAGCAGCAGCUUGUGCGGAGGUAGAAGACGCCCCCCCCAGCACUGCGCCAUUAUAUGUGCCAUCUACAUAUACUGAGAAUAUACAUAAUACAUACAGUGCCGGCGAUGGCAGGAGUCACCGGGGAGGGGCACCAGGGACAGUGCCGGCGAUGGCAGGAGUCACCGGGGAGGGGCACCAGGGACAGUGCCGGCGAUGGCAGGAGUCACCGGGGAGGGGCACCAGGCUCCUGGCACAUGCUGACUUUCCCCAGACUUCAGCAAUUUGCAAUGUACAGGUUUCUUUAUAUUUUCUAUCCCUGUGCCUAUGGCGGAGCAGGGUCAGACUUCUAGUUCCACAACAGUUGGCGAUCUACAGGUCAUCGCUGCAGGUAACAUUUGUCCCUGUUGUGGAAUAAAUGGAAACACUCCGAGUGUAUUAUUGCACCAUCACGCUUCGCUAACGUGAUCUUCAUCAUAUCAGUUACAUGUAUGUGCGUCUGUAAGGCGUAAUGCGGACACCUGGCAUCAAACGCAACCUACAGGUCACCAGUUCCACGCACCUCGUGUCCGUACAAUAACUGGUAAUAUAAUAAACCGUUCUUAGCACAUGUAUUAGCCUGCAGCGUUUGGCGUGGUGACGUGCAGGCCAUGACACGUGUUCCCAGCGUGUAGCAAGCAUCACGUGAGCGCUGCUUUAGGGAUCCAUUGUACUUUGAUGCACAAGAAAUACCGCUGAGUGACAGUCAUGCACAGUACAGAGAACACUUGUGGAAUGUAUACGUGUAAAGGUCUGUUCAUCAUAUAUUGUUAUUUAUAGCGUCAUGGCAUGUGUUAUGUGCUGCAGGAACAUGCGCUAAAAUCAGUCCACGCGUGACCUGGAGGAGCAGAGAGGUGACUACUGUAUAUAUGGUGGCACCAUUGGCCAGAAUUUCCUACAGCCAGCAUUUACAGCUCAGGUACACCCAGCAGGCCAUGUCUUAUGGUUUUCUGUACUCAUGCACAGGUGAUUUACUCUAUGUUGCUGGGUCAGUAAUUAUCCCACCUGCUUCCACAGACAGACAUCCUCAAAACAUGGCCUACUCUGAAACCCUGAGCGUUGAGGCUGGGAACUUCUGGUUUAGAGAAUUAGAUGAAACCAGAAAUAUAAUAAGUAGAUGGGACUUAAGUGAUCAUCCAUGUCUCCACCAUCCACUACACCUCUAUAUGAUCCGUGUCUCCACCAUCCACUACACCUCUAUAUGAUCCGUGUCUCCACCAUCCACUACACCUCUAUAUGAUCCGUGUCUCCACCAUCCACUACACCUCUAUAUGAUCCGUGUCUCCACCAUCCACUACACCUCUAUAUGAUCCGUGUCUCCACCAUCCACUACACCUCUAUAUGAUCCGUGUCUCCACCAUCCACUACACCUCUAUAUGAUCCGUGUCUCCACCAUCCACUACACCUCUAUAUGAUCCGUGUCUCCACCAUCCACUACACCUCUAUAUGAUCCGUGUCUAAACCAUCCACUACACCUCUAUAUGAUCCGUGUCUCCACCAUCCACUACACCUCUAUAUGAUCCGUGUCUCCACCAUCCACUACACCUCUAUAUGAUCCGUGUCUCCACCAUCCACUACACCUCUAUAUGAUCCGUGUCUAAACCAUCCACUACACCUCUAUAUGAUCCGUGUCUCCACCAUCCACUACACCUCUAUAUGAUCCGUGUCUCCACCAUCCACUACACCUCUAUAUGAUCCGUGUCUCCACCAUCCACUACACCUCUAUAUGAUCCGUGUCUCCACCAUCCACUACACCUCUAUAUGAUCCGUGUCUCCACCAUCCACUACACCUCUAUAUGAUCCGUGUCUCCACCAUCCACUACACCUCUAUAUGAUCCGUGUCUACACCAUCCACUACACCUCUAUAUGAUCCGUGUCUACACCAUCCACUACACCUCUAUAUGAUCCAUGUCUCCACCAUCCACUACACCUCUAUAUGAUCCGUGUCUAAACCAUCCACUACACCUCUAUAUGAUCCAUGUCACCACCAUCCACUACACCUCUAUAUGAUCCAUGUCUCCACCACCCACUACACCUCUAUAUGAUCCGUGUCUAAACCAUCCACUACACCUCUAUAUGAUCCAUGUCUCCACCAUCCACUACAUCUCUAUAUGAUCCAUGUCUCCACCACCCACUACACCUCUAUAUGAUCCAUGUCUCCACCACCCACUACACCUCUAUAUGAUCCGUGUCUCCACCACCCACUAUACAUCUAUAUGAUCCGUGUCUCCACCACCCACUAUACAUCUAUAUGAUCCGUGUCUCCACCACCCACUAUACAUCUAUAUGAUCCGUGUCUCCACCACCCACUACACCUCUAUAUGAUCCGUGUCUCCACCACCCACUAUACAUCUAUAUGAUCCGUGUCUCCACCACCCACUACACCUCUAUAUGAUCCAUGUCUCCACCACCCACUACACCUCUAUAUGAUCCGUGUCUCCACCACCCACUACACCUCUAUAUGAUCCGUGUCUCCACCACCCACUACACCUCUAUAUGAUCCAUGUCUCCACUAUACAUCUAUAUGAUCUGUGUCUCCACCACCCACUACACCUCUAUAUGAUCCGUGUCUCCACCACCCACUACACCUCUAUAUGAUCCGUGUCUCCACCAUCCACUACACCUCUAUAUGAUCCGUGUCUCCACCAUCCACUACACCUCUAUAUGAUCCGUGUCUCCACCAUCCACUACACCUCUAUAUGAUCCGUGUCUCCACCAUCCACUACACCUCUAUAUGAUCCAUGUCACCACCAUCCACUACACCUCUAUAUGAUCCAUGUCUCCACCACCCACUACACCUCUAUAUGAUCCGUGUCUACACCAUCCACUACACCUCUAUAUGAUCCAUGUCUCCACCAUCCACUACACCUCUAUAUGAUCCAUGUCUCCACCAUCCACUACACCUCUAUAUGAUCCGUGUCUCCACCACCCACUAUACAUCUAUAUGAUCCGUGUCUAAACCAUCCACUACACCUCUAUAUGAUCCAUGUCUCCACCAUCCACUACAUCUCUAUAUGAUCCAUGUCUCCACCACCCACUACACCUCUAUAUGAUCCGUGUCUCCACCACCCACUAUACAUCUAUAUGAUCCAUGUCUCCACCAUCCACUACACCUCUAUAUGAUCCGUGUCUCCACCACCCACUACACCUCUAUAUGAUCCGUGUCUCCACCACCCACUAUACAUCUAUAUGAUCCGUGUCUCCACCACCCACUAUACAUCUAUAUGAUCCGUGUCUCCACCACCCACUACACCUCUAUAUGAUCCGUGUCUCCACCACCCACUAUACAUCUAUAUGAUCCGUGUCUCCACCACCCACUACACCUCUAUAUGAUCCAUGUCUCCACCACCCACUACACCUCUAUAUGAUCCGUGUCUCCACCACCCACUACACCUCUAUAUGAUCCGUGACUCCACCACCCACUACACCUCUAUAUGAUCCAUGUCUCCACUAUACAUCUAUAUGAUCUGUGUCUCCACCACCCACUACACCUCUAUAUGAUCCGUGUCUCCACCACCCACUACACCUCUAUAUGAUCCGUGUCUCCACCACCCACUACAUCUCUAUAUGAUCCGUGUCUCCACCAUCCACUACAUCUCUGUAUGAUCCGUGUCUCUACCACCCACCAGCUAUAUGAUCCAUGUGUGCACUACCCACCAUACAUCUCUAUACGAUCCAUGUCUCCACCACCCACUACAUCUCUAUAUGAUCCAUGUCUCUACCACCCACCAGCUAUAUGAUCCAUGUGUCCACCACCCACCAUACAUCUCUAUAUGAUCUAUGUGUCCACCACCCACCAUACAUCUCGAUAUGAUCCAUGUCUCCACCACCCACCAUACACUUCUAUAUGAUCCAUGUCUCCACCACCCACCAUACAUCUCUAUAUGAUCCAUGUCUCCACCACAUCUCUAUAUGAUCCAUGUCUCUACCACCCACCAUACACUUCUAUAUGAUCCAUAUCUCCACCACUCACUACACCUCUAUAUGACCCGUCUCCACCACCCACUACAUCGCUAUAUGAUCCAUGUCUCCACCACUCACUACAUCUCUAUAUGAUCCAUGUCUCCACCACCCACUACAUCUCUAUAUGAUCCAUGUCUCCACCACCCACUACAUCUCUAUAUGAUCCAUGUCUCCACCACAUCUCUAUAUGAUCCAUGUCUCCACCACCCACUACAUCUCUAUAUGAUCCAUGUCUCCACCACCCACUACAUCUCUAUAUGAUCCAUGUCUCCACCACCCACUACAUCUCUAUAUGAUCCAUGUCUCCACCACCCACUACACCUCUAUAUGACCCGUCUCCACCAUCCACUACAUCGCUAUAUGAUCCAUGGGGGUCAUUCCGAGUUGUUCGCUCUGUAAAAAUCUUCGCAUCGCAGCGAUUUUCCGCUUAAUGCGCAUGCGCAAUGUCCGCACUGCGACUGCGCCAAGUAAAUUUGCUAUGCAGUUAGGAUUUUUACUCACGGCUUUUUCAUCGUUCUGGCGAUCGUAAUGUGAUUGACAGGAAAUGGGUGUUACUGGGCGGAAACAGGCCGUUUUAUGGGCGUGUGGGGAAAAACGCUACCGUUUCCGGAAAAAACGCAGGAGUGGCCGGAGAAACGGGGGAGUGUCUGGGCGAACGCUGGGUGUGUUUGUGACGUCAAACCAGGAACGACAAGCACUGAACUGAUCGCAGAUGCCGAGUAAGUCUGAAGCUACUCAGAAACUGCUACGAGGUGUGUAAUCGCAAUAUUGCAAAUACAUCGUUCGCAAUUUUAAGAUGCUAAGAUUCACUCCCAGUAGGCGGCGGCUUAGCAUGAGCAAAUCUGCUAAAAUCCGCUAGCGAGCGAACAACUCGGAAUGACCCCCCAUGUCUCCACCACCCACUACAUCUCUAUAUGAUCCAUGUCUCCACCACUCACCAUACACCUCUAUAUGAUCCAUGUCUCCACCACCCACUACAUCUCUAUAUGAUCCAUGUCUCCACCACCCACUACACCUCUAUAUGAUCCAUGUCUCCACCACAUCUCUAUAUGAUCCAUGUCUCCACCACCCACUACAUCUCUAUAUGAUCCAUGUCUCCACCACUCACCAUACACCUCUAUAUGAUCCAUGUCUCCACCACCCACUACAUCUCUAUAUGAUCCAUGUCUCCACCACUCACCAUACACCUCUAUAUGAUCCAUGUCUCCACCACCCACUACAUCUCUAUAUGAUCCAUGUCUCCACCACCCACUACACCUCUAUAUGAUCCAUGCGUUGAGGUUACCUGUGUGAUCAUGUGUAAUGGAAAGAUAAAGCCGAUCGGACGCAUACAUUGUAGUAUAGGCGGCAGACAUUUGUGUCCUAUCAGUGUUACAGUGAGAACUAUAAGUAGCGCUCAGUAGAACUCGGGUGGGUUACACCCGUCCCUAGUAUACGUAUUGCAGAAGUGAUAAGCUAACGCCGGGGCGUGGCUGAUAUACAGCGGUAUUAUGUAAUCGGUGCUAUACCUGGAGAUGAGGUGCUUCUGCCCAGGCUACGAGGAGUAUGAGGUUCCUCUGCCCAGGCUACGAGGAGUAUGAGGUGCCUCUGCCCAGGCUACGAGGAGUAUGAGGUGCCUCUGCCCAGGCUACGAGGAGUAUGAGGUGCCUCUGCCCAGGCUACGAGGAGUAUGAGGUGCCUCUGCCCAGGCUACGAGGAGUAUGAGGCAUAGUUAGGACAGUCUCAGGUAAUGAUAUUUGCAGUAUUAUGUAGCAGGGCUGGGACGUACUGACAAGCACUUUGCACUAAUGUACAGUCAUAUACACAGUGUGCCUGGACACUUACUGAUGCACUCUACUUACCUCUGUGUAUUGUCUAUUUAUUUGCUGACUUUGUUAGGAUGAAUAAAACAAUAUAACAACUUUCUUUUA